AAAAAAAGAAGAAGUACCAGCUCAUAGUCAUGCACAAGAGCUGUUUUCUAUAUCCUUAGCUAAUAAAAAGAAGAAUAAGUCAGAUCUUGAUUGCAAAAUUAUUUUUCUUGAUGGAUCUGAAGAAACUUUUCAUCCCUCUAAAAAAUCAUUGGGUUCCGAGCUUUUGGAUUUGAAUUUUGCAUUUAUUGGUCUUAACGAUGAACAAGAUUAUUUUGGCUUGGAAUUUGAUGAAGGCAUACAACUUUGGCUUGACCCAACCAAAGAAAUUAGAAAACAAUGCCAUGUUGGCCCUCCUUUUAAAUUUAAAAUGAGGGUAAAAUUCUUUUCAUCUGACCCUCACAAUAUGCGAGAUGAAUAUGCACGAUAUCUUUUAGUACUUCACUUGCGCGAUAUAAUUUCAACUGGCAAAUUAAAGGUUGAUGAAAAUGUUGGGUCUCAACUUGCUGCUUUAUUACUUCAAAGUGAAUUUGGCGAUUAUGUUUCGCGUCAGCACACUCCCGCGUUUACAUCUACGUUUCGUUUUGUCCCAGAAGAACAGCAAACUGAAGUAUUUGAACAACUAGUUUUAAAUCAAUAUAAGGAGCUCAGGAAUAGGAAUCUUUACCCUGCCGCUGCAGAAAAAAUAUAUUUGGAGAAGGCCCGUCUACUACCUGACUAUGGUGUGACGUUUCAUUUAGUUAAGGUAUUUUUUAACUUUUUUUCUUCUAUUUUUGUAAUAAAAUUUUAUUGA